AUGAGCGCGGAGGAGCCGUCGCCCGCUGGGUCAGAAACCCCCGACACUGAGCAAAUGGAGGGCGAAGUUGCUGACAAACCAACUGCUGACGAGCCUGCACUCGAAAAGACUGGAGGCAAGUCAGAGACGGAGGGACCGCCUACGGAGCAUGUCUCCGAAGAGAACAAGGACGCGGUGCUGGAAGAAAAGCCGGCGCCUUCCUCGCCUGGAGAGGAAGAUGGGAACUCUCAAACUGAUCCUCCUCAACGGAAGCCUUCGACUGCAGCCGCUCCGAAACGCGGGCUGUCCUCCUCUUCCAUGAGGACACGACCCGCGCCUCCUGGAGAGGAAGGUGGGACCUCUCAAACUGCUUCUCCUCAACGGAAGCCUUCGACUGCGGCCGCUCCGAAACGCGGACUUUCUUCCUCUUCCACGGGGACACGACCCGCGCCUCCUGGAGAGGAAGGUGGGACCUCUCAAACUGCUUCUCCUCAACGGAAGCCUUCGACUGCGGCCGCUCCGAAACGCGGACUUUCUUCCUCUUCCACGAGGACACGACCCGCGCCUCCUGGAGAGGAAGGUGGGACCUCUCAAACUGCUUCUCCUCAACGGAAGCCUUCGACUGCGGCCGCUCCGAAACGCGGACUUUCUUCCUCUUCCACGGGGACACGACCCGCGCCUCCUGGAGAGGAAGGUGGGACCUCUCAAACUGCUUCUCCUCAACGGAAGCCUUCGACUGCGGCCGCUCCGAAACGCGGACUCUCUUCCUCUUCCAAGGCUGGGAUUGUCUCCGCAAAGAGCAGUCCUGCGCCUCCCCCCGGGGCGAACCCUGCGCGCGUGAGUUCGACCGCUUCGCCCCCGUCUCGCGGCGGAUCCGCCUUGGCGUUUCCCGCUCGCUCGAAGGAGAUGGAGAGGCGAGCGAGCGGAGGAGACAGAGCGCGAGACGGGUCCGCGGGCGCCCCAGGCCCGAAGGUCGCCCCGCUCAGCGCCGCGAACGUCAAGGGCAGUCUCUGGCAGCAAGUCUUGAGCGACGCGAGGUCGGCGAAAACAGCGGAACAACGCGACUCCUACCUCAUCAUGCUGGGAUCGUACGACGUGGGGAAAAGUACUGUGCUUCGCCAGCUCCAGACCCUUGGAAGCGUCAAGCCUUUGUCGGCGAUCGAGACGUACACCAACACAGGAGGCGUCUCUCUGCUGGAUUUUGCGUACAUUGGGCAGAGAUGCCUAGAGGAAGAGGAAGACCUCUCGAGUGUCGACGCCCAUUCCUACGCCAGCGUGUAUAUUCUCCAGCAUCCGCAACUGGCGGGCCGCCUCGUGGAGUUGCUCCCGCCGUCCGCGCUUCCGAACAUGUGCUUCUUGAUUUGCCUCGACAUGCGCCAGGCGUGGAGCGCAAUGGACGAACUGGAGAAGUGGAUGCAUGUCGCAGAGAACAUCACCAACACGCUCCUCGCUCAGCAAGACGUCGAGACUCAAGACGGGCUCCGAAACAGAAUGCAGCGCUACUUGGCGUCGUAUCGCCGGAAUGCGACGAGCAAUGGUGUCACUCGAGCGGUAACUGCCCUGUUGGAUCUCCAGAAUUUCGGCAGCGUGGCUGGCGGCGCAUCUGAAGAGCUGGUAAAGAGUCUCGAGGCGGAGAAAGCGAAGGAGGCUUCGUCUGGGGCCGAAAUCUCGAGUCAGAUUCCCGUGCCGGUCAUCGUGGCGGUCACGCGAUCCGACGCCUACCAGCACCUGAACAGCCGCCAGAACAUGGGACAAAUCGACAUCAUGAUGGCGUACUUGCGACGCGAGUGUCUCAAGUUCAAUGCGGCGAUCGUUGCAUGCAGUUGCCGGGACGAGAGAAACCCGAGGAACCUGUUGCUGCUCUAUCGCUACUUGAUGCAUCGUCUCUGCAAUUGCUUCUUCAAGGAGUUGCCAGUGACAGACGACGUCGAGGCUUUCUUUAUGCCCUCGGGGUUUGACACCGUCGAGGAUAUCCAGAAAGCGGUGGAGCAGACGGUGGCUGGGAGCUUCGAGCUCGAGGACCAAACAAACACGGCAGUGCCUAUUCAGACGAUGCAGGAGUUUCUCCGGCAAAUGGAAGAGCAGUUCCCAGCUGCGGCGGUCGCGGCGAAGCCGAUGGGCGAGAAGCGCUUCUCGCUCCUCAGUGGCGCGCCGUCUGCCUCGGGGGCCUUCGGCAGGACAGAGUCUGGUCGUCGUAGUCUGGUAGCCGGAUCGCAGCGUCCGACGAUUUCGAUUCAACCCUCGGCCAAUUUUGCGCGACCUGAGAUGCAGCCCACGAAAGCGUACAUGUCGGGUCCCGGCGCCGAAGGCUUGGACAAAAUUCGGACGCGGGCUGAAGUUCCGCGGCUUCGUUCCUCCGUGCUUGCCACCAAGACCAUCGCGACAAGCAGCUCGAGCGUCUCGCCAGGCGCCGGUGGGGCAGAGUCCGCCUCCCUCCAGAACUUCUUCCAGGGAUUGCUCGCCAAAAACAAGACGAAGGUUCCGGCUACUCCUCGCGGGCGCGUGCGACCGAAGACAGGCCCCGAGGCCGAGCAGAAGAAAGCGCCAGGGGAGGCGUAG